UCAGCGUCAGAUGAAGACGAUGAAUUAAGAAUAAAUGUGAGAGUGACGGAGAGAUGUUCACCGGAGUGUUUGUGCUGCAGUAGAGCAGCACAAAACGGCUCAGAGGGGCUUAAAACAUCACAUGCAGCAGCACACAGAGGGCCUGUGUGAGAGAGAGCAGCUGUCUGGAUUCUACUUCUCAGCACUGGAGUAGCUGAAGCAGAGAUCAUGGAGGAGCUGGAUCCAGAGGAGCAGUUCCUGCAAUUCGCCCGGAACGGAGAUCUGCCAGGGAUUCAGAGGCUACUCAUGUGCACGAUAAGAGAAGAGACGCACAUCAACAUAAACUGCAAAGGUAAGAGAAAGUCUAACCUGGGAUGGACGCCUCUUCACUUGGCCUGUUACUUUGGACACAAAGAUGUAGUGGAGGAAUUACUGAAGGCAGGAGCAGAUGUUACUUUGCCCAAUAAUGUGGGAGAUACACCUCUGCACAAAGCUGCCUUCACAGGAAGAAAGGAGGUUGUCAUGCUGCUGCUGCACUAUGAUGCAUGUGCUACUGUCAUCAAUGGGACAGCACAGAUUCCCAAAGAUGUCACUCAAAAUGCAGAGAUCAGAAGCAUGCUGGAAGCGGCUGAGAGAACGGAGGAGAGGAAACUGGAAGAGGAACUUUUGGAAGCUGCGCGAGAGGGAGACUUGUCAACUCUAACUCAGCUGCUCAGCAGGAAGAAAACCCCGGACAUCAACUGCACCGAUCUGCUGGGUAACACCCCGCUGCACUCUGCUGCCUAUCGAGGCCAGAAGCAGUGUGCCCUGAAGCUGCUCAAAAGUGGAGCCAGCCCCGAUAUCAAGAACAAGAAGGGCCAGACAGUGUUUGACCUGGCCAGUGACAUAGCAAUGAAGCUGAUCCUUGAAUCCAAUGUUCAUCGAGGUAUGACCCGCAAAGUCAAGAUGUACGAGGGACUCCUCGGGAAGAGCUCCAGAUUUUUUGGCUGGCGCUCCUACUGGGUCGUCCUUCAAGAUGGGGUUAUAUCCUGGUACUCAAAACAGUCAGAUGCAGCUGCCAAUGUCAGGAGGCAAGGCUGCAAGUCCCUCACACGUGCUCAGUGUUUGAUCCGAGCCAAAGACAGCUGCUUUUUUACCCUGAAGUGCUUUGAUGACAGCGUACAUCACUUCAAAGUAUCAGCUAAAAAUGACCCAGAGGCAGCGAGAAAAGCUUGGCUGGACGCACUGGAGGAGCACUCAGCUUACAGCACACACUACUGCUCCCAAGAGCAGGGAAGCGAGGGGGACGAGGAGGAGGAAGCGAUGUCACUCGGGGAGCUAACAGACUCACUACAGGCAGCAGAGGCCAGCCAGAAGAAACUGGAAAAGGAGGUUGAAGCUUUCCUGUCCAUGCUGAAAAAUGAUGGGCUGGCAGAAAGGAUUCCAUCUGAAAUACAGCAGAAAUUGCAAGAAAUCUGUGAGUUGUCCAGCGAGACCAGUUCCAGUCUCAGUGUUUGUCUCGGCUUCCUCUCCAGACAGGAAGGGGUGCGCAGUCUGAAAUUAGAGCAGGAGGUAGAGAAGAACAAGAUCCUCUCCGAAGCGCUGCAGACUCUCGCCACAGAGCACCACGAACUUGAGCAAUCCGUCGUCAAGGGAUCUUCACCGCGGAGUGCCCUCAGCGAGGAUGAGUUCCACGACGCCGUGUCUGAUUCGGAAUCAGAGAUCUCCCUGAGCGGCUUUGAGACCGUGGCCAGCCAUUCCUUUGAGGAGGACGAGGAGGAGGACGAAGGCUCUGUCAUGUUAAGCAGCCCUUGCGGCAGCCCCACCAGCAUGUUGCAGGAGGAUCACCAUGGCGACAAGGAUGAGACUCAACCCAACGGGAUCACAAAGCAUAGGACAAGCUUACCCACACCAAUGUUUUCAAGAAAUGACUUCAGUAUUUGGAGUAUCCUGAGGAACUGCAUUGGAAUGGAACUCUCCAAGAUCACAAUGCCAGUGAUUUUCAACGAGCCACUCAGCUUCUUGCAGCGUCUGACAGAGUACAUGGAGCACACUUACCUCAUCCACCAGGCCAACGCCUUCACAGACUCUAUUGAGAGGAUGAAGUGUGUGGCUGCGUUUGCCGUGUCUGCUGUGGCCUCCCAGUGGGAACGGACUGGUAAACCCUUCAACCCUCUGCUGGGAGAAACCUAUGAACUGGUCAGAGAGGAUCUGGGCUUUAGGCUUCUGUCAGAGCAGGUGAGCCACCACCCUCCAGUCAGCGCCUUCCAUGCUGAGGGCCUAAAGCAAGACUUUGUGUUUCAUGGAUCAAUCUACCCCAAACUCAAGUUCUGGGGCAAGAGUGUAGAAGCAGAGCCGAAAGGUGUCAUCACACUGGAGCUGCCCAAGUACAAUGAAGCCUACACAUGGACAAAUCCUACAUGUUGUGUUCACAACAUCAUUGUGGGCCAGCUGUGGAUCGAGCAGUAUGGAAGUGUGGAAGUGAUCAACCACAGAACUGGUGAAAGGUGCUGCCUGAAUUUCAAACCGUGUGGCCUUUUUGGAAAAGAACUGCACAAGGUCGAAGGUUAUAUUCUUGAUAAAAGCAAAAAGAAGCUGUGUGCUCUCUAUGGGAAGUGGACAGAGUGCCUGUAUAUUGUUGACCCUGCCACCUUCGAAGCAUACAAGAAAAACGACAAGAAAGGGGCAGGGGAGAAAAAAAGCAGCAAAGCGGGGUGCAGUGAGGAUCAGGAGGAGGUUCCAUCUCCAGCUGCAGACACUGUGGAGAUGAUUCCUGGCAGCCAGCUGCUGUGGAGAAUCGCACCAAGACCGGCCAACUCAACCGAGAUGUACAGCUUCACAUCCUUUGCAAUGCAACUAAACGAGCUGCAGAAAGAGAUGGAGGGAGCCAUUCCUCAGACUGACUGCAGGCUGAGGCCAGACAUACGAGCCAUGGAGAACGGUGACAUUGACCUUGCCAGUGAGGAGAAGAAAAGGCUUGAGGAAAAACAGAGAGCAGCUCGCAAAAGCCGCUCCAAAUCUGAUGAAGAGUGGAAGACAAGGAGUCCUGCCCUGGGCCCAAGGUGGUUUCAGCAGGGGCAAAACCCUCAUAUAGGCGCCCAGGACUGGCUCUUUUCUGGUGGAUACUGGGACAGGAAAUACAGCCAGCUGCCAGACAUUUACUAAUGGACAUUUACUGCGGAGAGAAAUAAGCACCAUACAGUGUCCUUUGCAUGGAGGUGCAUUUUUCCUUUUUAAAUAGAAUAUCUACAGUAAAUACAAGCAAUAUGCAAACAGUACAUUUAAACUGUGUGGCCUUAAUCUACUUUAAAAUUGUGCAGAAAAAUGUCAAUAAUCAAUAUUUAAACAUUAUGAAAUGUAAAGUUGUUUGACAAUGCUUUUAACUGUAGCAACUGUAUUUACACUGACACUUGUUUGUUUCUGUUCAUAAUGAACUUUUAGUGCAACAGAGACGUUGGGGCUCAUGUUUUCAAUGUUUAUCUGUCUUCUUUUAAAUGUUCAUAAUGAUGUUUUGAUUCUUGUUGAAUAUCUGUAUAUAUACUUUACAACAAAUCCAAGCACCAGUGACCUCACCUUGUCAUUAAUAUUCCCUCUGGACUCAAAACUACUAGCAGUCAGUAAAUAUGAGAUUGAUGUGGAUGUUGUUGUCCUGAUGUAUAUUGCCUUGUUAAAAGAAAAUGAAGAAGAAAAAAACACUAACAAAAACACACAUUGUAUUUUCUACAUCAAUAUUAAAUGGGUUCUGUGAAGAGAUUUAAGAAUAUUUUAACGGUGUGUGUAUAUAAACCUGUUAGACAGACUAAACAAAGUUGAAUGGAGGUCAUAAGGUCACAUUAUGUAGAAACUAUAUAUUUUAAGGCGUUUUGCCUCCUUAAAGAGCAUUGAAAGUAUUUUGUUGAAAACUGAAAUAAAACACUU